AAAAGCACACAAAUAAUUUUGUUUAACAACUUCAGCAUUCCGUGCAACCUAAGGUCACUUUAGCCAACGUACAACUCAGUAAAGCCCUCCAUUCUCUCUCUAAAACCCCUUUAAAUACCAAUCUCUUCUCCCCCAACUCUCCCUCACAUGAAACAAUCAAACAAUUAAACAAUCCUCUCUCUCUCUCUCUCUCUCAAAAAUGGAGCAAAAUUUGCCAAUCAUAGCAAAGAAAUUCUGGAACAUAGUCCGAGUAUUCUACUUUAUGCUGAGAAAAGGCAUAUCCAAAGCCAAAUUGCUGGCGGAUCUGAACGUGAUGAUGAAGCGCGGUAAAAUCGCCGGAAAAGCCGCUAUACACAACCUCAUGUUCCACCACGCCGCCGCCGUGUCCGCCUCCGCUCGCCGCCCGAUAAACGAGUACGAGUUCAGCUGCGGCAACAGCCCGGCCUUCUUCCAAUUCCCCUCCUUCCACCUCAGCGGCAAGCGCAGCAAUAAGCACGCGCCUCCAAUCGACGCCGAUCUGCUGGCGGCAGCGCUCGACAUGAUUAACAGCGCCGCCGCCUCGCCCGCCCUCCCCGGGUUCGGGCCGAGCCCGAUGGUGCGGCAGCUGCGUAUCACGGAUUCGCCCUUCCCGCUGUGCAAUGUCGAUGAGGACAAUCACGUUGAUGAAGCUGCGGAGAAGUUUAUCAUGAAGUUUUAUAACGAUUUGAAGCGACAGAACUCGAAAUCGCCAUUUUCGUGAUUUUUAUUUUGAUUUUGAAUUGUGUUUCUUUUUUUAGAAAUAUUUCGGGCUUUUUUUUUGGUUUCGAAUUUUGGAUUUUCGUGCAUGGUGUACAUGCAAUAAUGGCUUUAGCUGAAAUAAGAGGGAAAAAUAUAUGCCCGCAAAAAAAAAAAAAAAAGUUUUUGAUUGAGAAAAAUGGAGAAACAAAUAUGUACUGCUGUAUAGUGAAUGAACAUAUGUGAAUAAUGCAUGUGAAAAAGAAUGUAGACAGCCAAUAUAUUACUUUGUGGGAUUAAUUAGUUGAUUAAAAUUAAACAAA